AUGCAAGACUUCCAAGAAUUGUCUGCCUCUAUCUACUGCGUUGUGGACCUCGAGAUCCUAAUAUUAACAGUGUUUCGCCAGGGGGAAGGCGAAAAAACGGGUCGCGUGCGCGGGCAGGUCCCGUUACGGACAUUCCUGGCGGCCUUAAAUGUCGACCGCAGGAGCCUGCGCGCUGGGAAGCGGGCGCCCGGCCGCAGUGAUUGUGGAAAGGGGAAGCAAUUUGAAGAUUAUGGUGACAGGAAGUUUGAAGAGAGAUUUCGUCUGUCAAAAGAAACAGUGUGGUGGUUAUUAAAUCAAAUUAAUGAUAGGUUAGAAUUUCCUACUGAUCGGAAUAACCCUGUUUCUCCGAUAAACAGAUUUUUGAUUACUUUAAGGGCAUAUGCAACAGAUGCAUUCAAUAUUCUUAUUGGGGACAACAGUAAUAUACAUCGUACAACAGCACAACGAAUCAUCAGUGAUGUAUCAGACAUCAUAGCAUCACUGUCUCCUCGCUUUAUAAAAUUUCCUACAAGUGAAGAAGUGCGCUCUGUGAUGUAUGGUUUUAGUCAAUUGGACCGAUUUCCUGGCGUUCUUGGUACCUUGGAUCGUACCCGUAUAAGAAUUCAGUCUCCUGGAGGACAUAAUGCUGAACUUUUCCGCAAUAGGAAAUCAUAUUUUUGCUUUAACUGUCAAACCAUUAGUAAUCACAAUUUGUUAAUAAGAGAUAUUGUCGCUCAAUGGCCGGGCUCUGUGCACGACAGUACCAUAUUUCUCAACUGCGCUCGCAGAGCUCAAUUUGAAAACGGAGAAAUACCACAAGGUCACUUAUUGGGAGAUAGUGGUUAUGCAUUGCUCAGAGCCUACUUGUUAACUCCACUAUUAAAUCCGCAAAAUGAAGCAGAGCAUCGAUAUAACAGGUCUCAUAUUAAGACUAGAAACACUGUUGAGAGAAAAUACGGUAUGUGGAAGAGAAGAUUUCCCAUAUUAUCUGUAGGAAUAAGAUGUAAUCCACAGGAAGCAAUGUCAAUCAUUGAGGUUAUGGCUGUCUAG